AUGAUUGCAAAAGCAACACACUUGUGUAUUCACGUUGUCAAAGCGUUCACCCUCCGGUGUAAAUGCGAUAUCCAGUCCUCUAUGCAUCGAUCAGAAGGAACUCUGCCACAUCAUGGACCACCUGGGCAAAUUCAAGGCUACCCCAACCCUGCCCAGACCCCACAUUCUAGUUGCAGUAAAAGUUGUUUACCUGGGUACAGAAAGUCACCAAGAAAAGGUGCUAAAUCCUGCUGCUAUGAUUGCAUUGCAUGCCCGGAGGGUGAGAUAUCAAACCAAACAGAUAUGGAAUCAUGUACCAAAUGUCCAGAAAGUCAGUGGCCUAACACAAACGGAGACAAGUGCAUUUAUAAAGUCAUAACUUAUCUGUCUUAUGAAGAACCACUGGGAAUGCUCCUAGCAUCAAUCUCUGUUCUGUUUGCUCUUUUUACUUGUUUAAUAACUAUAAUUUUUACUAAAUACAGAACCACACCGAUUGUGAAAGCCAAUAACCGAGAUCUUAGUUACAUACUGCUCUUCUCUCUGAAGAUGUGCUUCCUCUGUAAUUUAAUAUUUAUUGGUCAUCCACUUCACAUUACCUGUAUUCUAAGACAAACAGUCUUUGGAGUUACCUUUUCUAUCUCUGUCUCUGCCAUCCUAGCUAAAACUUUGACUGUUGUCAUCGCAUUUAAUGCCACCAAACCUGGGAGCAAAUUAAAGAAGUGGGUGGGAGCCACUGUAUCUAACUCAGUAGUGAUUGUCAGCUCUAUGAUUCAAGUUGUAAUUUGUGCUUGUUGGUUGGGAAUUAAACCACCAUUUCUAUACUAUAACAUGAACGAUGAGAUAGGAAAGAUAGUAGCUCAAUGUGAUGAAGGUUCUAUCAUUGGAUUUUACUGCAUUCUGGGAUAUAUGGGAUUUUUGGCAUUUGCAAGUUUCACAAUUGCUUUCUUUGCUAGGAAGUUACCUGACAUUUUCAAUGAAGCUAAGUUUAUCUCAUUCAGCAUGUUAGUGUUUUGUAGUGUCUGGAUAUCAUUUAUUCCAGCAUACCUGAGCACCAAAGGGAAAUAUGUUGUAGCAGUAGAAAUAUUUUCUAUACUGGCUUCUAGUACUGGAAUUCUGGGUUGCAUAUUUGUGCCCAAGUUAUAUAUAAUUCUUAUCAGACCUGAAAGAAACACUAAAGGGUUUAUAACAAGAAAGUGA